AUGGCAGCUACUAGUUUCUCCUUGCCGACAUUCCCGCCAUUCGAUGUCCAUGCCGAUGGAAAUACCGGUCAUCGCUGGAAAAAAUGGCUAGGCCGCUUUGAACGGUUGCUUGUGGCGAUGAAUAUUACCGACAAAAAACAACAACGUGCGAUGCUAUUACAUUUCGCAGGACCGGCUGUUGACGAAAUUUUUUACACCCUUUCAGACACUGGCGAAGCGAAAGACUACGACAAAGCGAUAGAAGCACUCAAUGCCUAUUUUAUUCCGCACGUAAACACGGCGUUUGAAGAAUAUAAUUUCCGCCAAGCGAAGCAAAACCAAAGCGAAACCCUAGAUGCCUUUCAUACACGUUUACGUCAGCUAUCGCAAAAUUGCUCGUUUACAGAUGUCGAUAAAGAGAUAAAGAACCAAAUAAUCGUUGGUUGCUCAUCACAGAAACUUCGAAGAAAGGCUCUACGUGAAGACCCGACCUUAAAGAACCUUUUAGACGCGGGGAGAGCCGAAGAAACGAGUCAAAUACAAGCGCAAUUCGUGGAGAAACAAGAGUCAAGUCAAAAUAUCAACGCCAUUAAGACGGGCGCUCUCGAGAAACAUAACCCCUCGCCUCGCGACAUGAGAAAACCACAAAAUCAACGUCACGGCUCAAAUUAUCAAAGAAAUUCCAACAAACCCCACACAUCAACUUGCCGCAACUGUGGUGGUAUCUACCCCCAUGCCCGAGAUUGUCCAGCCAAAGGAAAAGAAUGCCAUUCCUGUAAAAAAACUGGCCAUUUUGCAAAGGUAUGCCGAUCGACCCCUAAACACAAACCUCACGAACACCGGAACAGAGUCAACAACCUUUCUGAACAACCGAGCACUAGCCCUCAUGAUGUCGACCCUGAUUACAUUUUCACUUUGAAAAACAAUUCGAACAGCAAAACCCAACCCCCCAAAUGCCAAGUGUUGGUUAAAGAGCACCUUAUUGAUGUCAUUAUUGAUUCUGGAGCUUCGGUAAACAUCAUCGACGAGUCCACAUACAAGCAGCUCAACCAAAGUAACACCCUACCUCUCAAGCAGCCUGAGUCCAACAUCUUCCCCUACGGUACAAGUGUCCAGAUACCCAUUCUUGGAAUGGUCAUGGCUACAAUUCAGUUCCAGUCCACAACUUUGGAUGCCAAUUUCUAUGUUGCCAAGGGAACCGGUGGAAAUCUCUUAGGUUGCCAAACAGCCGAACAGUUAGGAAUUUUAAAGAUAACCAUUAACACAGCAGUUAGCUCUUACAACGCUCGCAUUGAAGAUGAGUUCCCGAAUUUGUUCGGUGGUAUUGGGAAGAUAAAGAACACCCAAGUCCAGUUACAUAUCGACACCGAUGUUACACCCAAACAGCAAAAACAUCGUCGCAUUCCAUUCCACAUCCGAAAGGACGUUGAAAAGGAACUCCAGCGUUUAGAAGACCUUGAUAUCAUUGAGCAAGUUGAUGGUCCGACACCAUGGGUCAGCCCAAUCGUUGUGGUACCCAAGAAAACUGGAGAGAUCCGAUUAUGUGUGGACAUGCGUGAAGCGAAUAAAGCAGUGCAAAGAGAGAAACACCCCAUGCCAACUGUCGACGAGUUAAUCACAGACCUCAAUGGUGCCACAGUGUUUAGCACCCUAGAUCUUGCCUCAGGUUACCACCAACUGGAGUUACACCCUGAAUCCCGCCAUAUCACAACCUUUACCACUCACGUUGGACUUCGACGUUACAAGCGACUAAUGUUCGGCAUUAACGCAGCCUCGGAGAUAUUUCAGAAUGCAAUUGCAAACCUACUGGUUGGAUUACCUGGUUGUAAGAAUAUUUCGGACGACAUCAUCGUCUAUGGUCGAGAUGACAAAGAACAUGAUGAGAACUUACGAGGCGUGUUAAACCGCUUACAAGACAACAACGCCAAAUUAAACCGUGAGAAAUGUUCCUUCCGUCAGCACCAAGUAGUAUUCUUUGGGCACACAUUCAGCGCAAGUGGAGUUCAGGCAGACCCAAAGAAGAUCGACAUAAUCCGGAAUAUGCAACCUCCAAGAAAUGUCAGCGAAGUCAAGUCCCUUCUCGGAAUGACCCAGUACGUAUCUCGGUUUAUUCCCAACUAUGCCUCCAUCACAACACCCUUGCGUACCCUGACCCACCAGAACGCCAAAUGGCAAUGGCAAGCGGAACAAGAGAAUGCUCUGAAAAAACUUCAACACGAGCUUACGAAUGAUCCUGUUAUGGCUUACUUCGACCCUUCGAAACCAACCACCGUCAUUGUGGAUGCCAGCCCCUCGGGUUUAGGAGCACUGCUUACUCAAGAAGGCAGCUAG